UGUGCUGUUAGUUGAGUCUCGCGACUCGCGAGAAAAGCAAAGUUGAAUAAUAAUGAAAUAAUAAAAUCCUACUUUGCUUUUAAAAUGAAACAAAAGCUUUGAACGUACUUAAUGUGAUGGCAGCAGUGCAAAGAUAAAAAUAGUAAUAAAUAAACCAAUUGAAUGUAUCCAAGGAACGCAAUAACAAGAAACCCUGUAGCCGCAGCGCAUUCAAAGUGAAAGUCGAAGCGAAGUGAUUAUAAUUUCACAACACCUGACACCCACUGCUGUUAUCAGUGCCCGAAGCGCGCUAAAAACGCCUACAACAAUAGCAGAGUGCUUAGCGCACGUAAUAGCAAAUUCUCAAGGACACACGAAGUAAAUUAAACGCAACAGCGGCAGCAGCAACAGACAGCGGAAGCGGUGAACGUGCGCACAAUUCUAAGAAGCAAUUAAUGGGGGCCAUGAACCAAAAAUAACAACUGAGCAACAGCAACAACUUCAACUGACUUACGGAUCAAAAAGCCGUCAAACAUUUACAAGUUUAACUGAGCAAUAAUACUAGUCAUAAUUUCAUAUGGAUGCGAUAGCAGGCUCUAAAUUUAGCGAUGUGGACGAGUAUGGCUUCAAGCGGGGCGAUAAGUUCGACUACAAGGCCUAUGGAAAGUUCAUGGAUAGUUACUUAAAAACACUGACGCGGCGACGCAUCAAAUGGGACGCUUUAUUGAAACAGAAUCCAGAUCUCAGCCUGCUCAGUCCGACGCUAAAGCGAUAUAUUCGCAAGGGUAUACCGGGGCCAUAUCGAACCAAUGUUUGGAUGGCAAUUACUGGAGCCGAUGUGCAAAUGAAAAAACAGCCCAAUCUAUAUAGUAGUUUAUUAAAUAUUCAGCAUUUUAAUAAGGAAAUAAGCGAUUCCAUAUCAAUCGAUCUACCUCGUACUUUUCCCGACAAUAUCAACUUCGAUUUAGAAAAGGAGCGUCUCUUCAACAUACUUUGCGCCUAUGCACACCAUAAUCGUGAGAUUGGCUACUGCCAGGGUCUUAAUUAUAUAGCCGGACUACUGCUCAUUGUCACCAAAGAUGAGGAGAAGUCCUUUUGGCUGCUUAAGUAUAUAGUUGAGCAAAUUACACCACAAUAUCAUUCACAUAAUAUGGCCAAUCUUUUGCGUGAUUUGGCUGUAUUUAGAGAGCUGGUGAUUAGGCGUAUACCGGAAGUAAAUCGGCAUCUGGAAGACUUGGGCUUGCCCUAUGCGGUGAUAGCCAGUAAGUGGUUCAUCUGCAUAUUCGCAGAGGUUCUCCCCGUGGAAACUGUCCUACGAAUAUGGGAUUGUGUCUUCGCCGAGGGCUAUAAGAUUAUAUUUCGUGCAGCUUUGGCCUUGUUUACGACACACAAAAGUGCAAUAUUGAACUGCAAUGAGAUCGCGACUCUGGCAAAUCUGUUUCGCGAACUUAUGAUAAAGGAUAGCAUAGUCACCAACUGCCAUAGCUUUAUAGAAUCUAUGUUUGCUUUGCGUUUGAAACGCAACGAAAUUGAGAGCUUGCGGAAAGUAUCCGUACUAAAUGGAAACUAAGCAACCAAUCAAAGACAGGCCAAUGGAAACAAAGACCCACAUAGUAUCAAACCAGAACAAAAACAAAAGGAAGCAAUCGUAAAAUUCAAUUAUUAGAGAUGUAGCUUAAAUGUGUCCAAAGCUUAGUAGAUACUUGUAUGUAACAUUUUGUGUAUUUGUUGUAUAGCCUCAUUGUAGUCAAUGUAUUUUGAGUAUUAUUCGAAACAAAACUAAAUAUGAAAUACCAAAGUCAAAUUCCAAUUCGAUAAACAAACAUAUUUAACGACAUACACACAUAUGUUCAAUUGGGUGUAUUUAUUAGUAGUAGACGUAGUUGUUGCCAAAAAAGAAGAUUCAAAACUAACAAAUCUAAAAUAUGUUUUCCGCCUAUACGCUACAUACACAAAAAUGAUGUUGAUAAUGUAUGUUUGUAAAUGUAUUCAUUCAUGCGUAUUUUGCGUUUUAUUUAAUUCUCUUGUUGAUCAAAGAAGUAUUUAUUUUUUUUAUAUGUAUACACUUUAUAUGUCGCUACGUGCGUAGUACAUUUCUAGAUUAUACAUGUAAUAUGUAUUUUAUAAAUGGCGCUUAAAUUGUUAUAUAGUUGGAAAUGCCUAACUGCUAGUUGCUCGCUAUGUACAAACAAGAAACAAACGAAAGAAGAAACCAACACAGAACUCACUAUAACUGUUUACUAUAUAGAUAUGUAUUUAUAGUUUGUCGUAGAAAUACUCACUGUCUACACUGAUACUAUACGUAUAUCUUGACAUAUAAUUUAAGGAAUUGAUUUGUUAACAAAUGUAUACACAGUGUAUGUCUGCCAUUUAGGCAAAACAACGAACUAGCAAACAAACACAAACUAAAAAUGCUUCAAAGUGUCGUCGUUUGUUUAGUGCAACUAAAAUGCUUUUUAAAUAAAUAUUAUUGCUCUUUGUUAGAAAA